UGAGUUUUAUAUUAAUAAAAAAUAAAAAAUAUAUAGUGUGAACAUAUUUAUGAGUAUAGUGUGAACGCGUUAGCAUAUUUAUUAUCAAAUCAUUGUGAGGCUGACACGUGUCUAUUAUAAUGUGAAUGUAUUUAUUACAAUGCUUCUCUUUUAAUAUAUAAGGGAUAAAUCCAAUUACAAGAUGACAAAUGGUUUAAAAUGUUUUAGAUGGGUUUUCUUUUUUGAGGAACUAUGUUUAAUUAGAUGGUUUCUUACGAACCCUCAUUUGAAAAGCUGCUGCCCUUUCUUUCCUUUUUACUAUUUAUUUUUAUCAUAUUAUUAAAAAUAUUUUGAUAAGAAUUGUACCGUUUGAAAUGAUCUUAGACAUCUAUGGAAAGAUCAGCACAUGCCGAAUUAAUUGUUUUCUGCAAGGUUUAAAAAAAAAGGUAUUAUCUAUAAGAUGAAAAAAGAACCAUAGACAAAUUUUGGCAAUGGGUUCUUCACUACCAGCUAACAGGUAAAUAAAUAUUCUUUCUGCAUCCACGCAAAGAAGUCAUAGCUUCAUAUGGAAUUAAAAUGUAUGGUUACAGUUCGUAAGUAACUAAAAAUAUAUUGAGCGACCUGAAAUUGAGUUUUCAUCUCAGUAUUGUUUGUUUAGUAUUUAAAUAUUACACGUAAAGGUAAAUAGCUUUUUUGUUGGUCAUCGUAAUAAUUUUUGUAUGAUAUAACACGCUAUUCAUAACUUUAUCAAAAGUAGAAAAAUUAUAUAAUUAGUUAGAACUGAUGACAUUAAUUAAGAUGGUGAUUACAUGCGAAACCAACAAAAUUAUUGUUAAAAGAUUUGUAUGUACACGUACGUACGUGAAUAGAUUAGCCGUCACAUUAUCAUAGACAAUUUCAGUAGCGUGUAUUUUUUAUUCUUGCAUGCAUGUGCAAGAUAUACAAUCAGCAUUUACACUUAUAUUUUUCCCUUCUAGUUUUUUGUUCAUAUGCUAAUAUAUAUGGUAUAUGCCAUGUCUUUUACAAGAAAAAUGGUUAUGUCAAAUAUCCAAGAUUCACUGUGACCGAUUCGGAAUGUUAUUUGAAUUAUACCACCACUUGUCAAUACAAACCUCAGAUAGGGUCAAACAAAUUUUAAUAAACUAAAUUACAUCCUUACUAUGGUCUCAGGUAAUAUGUAUGUUAAAAAAUUCGGAGAAAUACUAGAUAAUCAUGAUUCUCUGUCGUAGUACACCUUUUUCACCCAUUUAGCACUCUACUAAAUUCAACGUACCGUAACUAGCGUAAAAUGGCCCUUUAUAAUCUUUAUGAUGAUGGUACAAAUAAAAAAAUUCAAACAAAGAAGAUAAUUUUAUUAUGUGCAGCAACUUUUUAUCAAUGGUUUGUUCUAGUUGAGAUAUUUAUUUUUUCACAAGAACAUAAAAAUGAUAUAUUCAAACUUUUAUAAUAAAAUUAUUACUUAUUUAAAAAACAUAGUCACCUAUUAAUAGAAAAAUAAUUUAUUUGAAACUAAACCCAAAUGGAUGAAUUUUCUUUGUGCACAAUCAAACCUAACUCCACUCGCACGAUAUUUUGUGCAUCGUCAUUAUGUGAAAGAACUCGAACAUAACUUACUUGCCACAAUAGGGUGUUGAACUCAUAUUUAAAGCAGCAAUCCAGUUGGUGAAAAAAAUAACGUCAAACCCUAAUUAAAAGAAGAUCUCUCUUUCUCUCUCGAUCUCGAUCUCUAUCUCUUCGACAAUGCAAUCACCUGUGACUAACGAAGACGCUAUCGUAGCCGUCGCAGCUGUUGAAGGCACUGCGCUUGAAAGUAAGGCAGAUGUUACUGUUUCAAAGGAUGGCAGUGGAAAGUUUACAACCGUGAAGGAGGCAGUGGCCUCUGCUCCGGAGAAUAGCAAGACGCGGUAUACUAUAUUAGUGAAGAGAGGCACUUACCUUGAAAACGUUAUCAUCGGGAAGAAUAAAACGAAUCUAACAAUCCUAGGCGAGGGAAGUAACUUAACAACUAUCACCGGUAGUUGGAACCACGUUGAUGGUAAAGGAACAUACGAUUCGGCAACACUUGCCGUUGACGGAGAGGGGUUUAUGGCCCAGGACAUAUGCAUCGAGAACACAGCCGGGCCAACUAAGGAGCAGGCUGUGGCUCUCAGAGUCAGUGCCGAUAAGGCGGUGAUAUAUCGUUGCCGCAUCGACGCCUAUCAAGACACGCUCUAUGCCCACAUUGAGCGACAAUUUUACCGCGAGUGUUACAUCACUGGAAUGGUAGUUUUUAUCUGCGGAGAAGCUACAGCUGUGUUCCAGCACUGUCGAAUUGAAGCUCGGAAACCACUUAAAGAACAAAGCAACAUGAUAACUGCUCAACAACGCUAUUCCAAGAGCAAGAUUUCGUGGUUUUCUAUCCAGAAAUGCGAGAUAAAGGCGACUCCAGAUCUAGAUCAGGUCAAGGGAACGGUACAGACAUUCCUAGGACGUCCGUGGGGUGUAUACUCAACGGUAGUAGUUAUGCAGUCGCUCAUAGAUGACGUCAUUGACCCCGCGGGUUGGGCUCCGUGGGACAACGACAAGGGACGUCUGUCUACUUUGUUCUAUGGAGAAUACCAAAACAGCGGCCCAGGAGCUGGUACAGUCAAGAGAAUCACGUGGAAAGGAUUCAAAGUAAUAACAAAUCCGGAAGAAGCUGAACAAUUCACGGUGGAAAAACUUCUACAAGGACAGUCGUGGAUUAGAUCUACCGGAGUUCCUUACGAUGAAGGAUUUUGAUUACACUAAGUUUCAUAUGAUUUUCUUAAUUAAGUAAAUUUGCACUAUAUUUUUAUGGUAACGUUAUAUCUUUGCAUUAUUUGUGUUUCCUAUCCUAGUGCCGGAGUUCCUUACGAUGAAGGACUUUGAUUAUCUUUGCAUUAUUUGUGUUUCCUAUCCUAAUUCUAGUUCUUAAACGAACGAAUCUGUAAGUUAUUAUUAGAUGAAAUGAGAUUGAACAGAAACUCAGCUCUCAUGAAGAAGAUGAUACACGAGAGGAUUUGGAAAAUGAAAUACUGUUUCUGUUAAUUGUAAAUGAAGAAGAUACAAGCGUUUAUAUACAUCAUAAGCUAUCUGGUUUAUACCGGUUCUAACUAACCAAACCACAAACCAACUAUACAUACUCUAAUACUCCAUCUCAAGAUGUAAGGAACUUGCAUCUUGGGCUUGAAAAACUUGUGAACUGGGGAAUCUCUGGUGGUCUUGGCAGAGAACAAUAAAGGAGAUCAAGUAUAGACUUGAACCAACCAGAACCUAUCACAAUAAUAUGAUCAAUAGAAGCAAAGGCUAGGUUCAGUCCUUGUAUAGAUAGUGAAGGAAAACUCUGUUCCCAUUGCAGAGCAUGAAGAGUCGAGGCUGCUUGACUUCCACUUGAAUCAGUCUUCAGAAAGUGCAGAAAACCUGAAGCAGCAGAGAGAUGUAAAACAGGAGAUGCAAGCAUAUAAUGCUUCAGCUGUUUCAAUACAACACCAGUGGAAGAUCUCUGCAUUUGCAAAGUAAUAAGUAGCUUAAUGAGCAUGUGAUAGCGAGAAGCAGCAGACAUGAGACCUCCACUCAAUAAGAAAUAGCUUGUCUCAAACAUUAUCGCCAUCUUUUGUAGCAAUCUGUCAAGCUCUUGAAGUUCAUGUCUUGUACCCAGAAAGUAAACCACAUCAGCACACACCACAUCACGCCAAAUGUGUGAACCACACAACAAAAUCAAACUCUCAGCAACACUGAACAACAACGUCACGUAGAGCGUACUCGAAGUCUUGAAACCAACAACCAUCGUGAUAUACUUCAGCCAGAAAUCAGUUGUUGCAUAAGCAUGUUGAUCAAGUGAUAUCAAACGAAACGAGGAGCUUAAAUGUUGAACCAGUGCAGCAGCUUCAAUGGCAUAGAAGGUGAUAAACGAACCAUGAGCAAGAGGAGCUAUCACUUGCAAUCCUCUGUAGAUCAUCAACACCAGUACAUCUACUUCACACGCCAAACGUUUCUCCCCCUGUCUACAAAGAUGCUGAUGCUUAAACUUAUCUUCUGAAACCUUCUGCAGUUUAUAAGCAACACACCAAUAGACAGUUCCAGAACCUAGAUGCCUAGAGACUGAGUGUGUUAACCAAACACUGACCAGUUCAGAGAAGCUACACCAAGAACAAUAGGUGAAGUAACUCUCUGGUGGUCUGCAUAGAGAACCAUUGCUGAACUCACACUUGAUCUUUGAGGUUGCUUCACAAAGGAAAGCUGAUAGGAAUGACUUAGCUAAAGAACAAGUUUGAACCAGUGUUGGAGGAUAAGCAGAAGCCAUUGAAUCAAACGGAGAUGCUGAUGUCAAAGACGAUAUGAAAUGAUGAUGAAUUGCCUUGAAGAAACAGAUCCGAUGAUCAACAAGCAGAGAAUGUAACUCCAAGAGAAUCCAGCUUUACAAGAAAGCUGAACAAGAAUCACAGACGAACUCUGAUCCAAAAGAAAACGCGAUCAACUCUGAUCGGAAUAAGUCACACAAAGGCGAAUCAAGCGGAACGAAGCCGCAAAUACGAUCAACACUGACCGAAAGAAACUCGAUCAACUCUGAUCGGAAUCGCACUAAGGCGAUAACAAGCGGAACAAAGCCGCAAAACUCCAACGCAAAAUGAACUCCGCCGCACAACGAACUCUGCAACAAACUCUGCCGAUGGAAACACGAUCAACACUGAUCGGAAGAAGAUGAAUCUGAGAUAACCUCUGAUCCAGAACAAAUUGUCAACGCUGACAGUGACGAGAUCAAGCAGAACAAAGCCGCAAACAAACACGAUCAACACGAUCGGAAAGAGACGAACGCGAUCGGAAUGAAACGCGCCGAAACGGGAUGAGCGAUUGAGGUGAUGAACAAGAUGAUGAACAAUCCAGCGAAACGAAGCAAGCGGAAGGAUGAUGAUGAAGUGAAAUACAGAUUCUACAGGAUCAUCACCAAGAAACAAAAAAAAAACGAAGAUGAAGCGAAACUGAAUCAAAACAAAAGAAGCUUGAAUCCAGAUCAAUCGAAGCGGAAGAACCAAGAUCAGAUUGGCUCUGAUACCAUAUUAGAUGAAAUGAGAUUGAACAGAAACUCAGCUCUCAUGAAGAAGA